AUGAAAAAGGUUAAUGUGAAUGGAAGUCCUCACCUCUGUUUGUUUGCCCUCAAAAACAUUCAAGAAGGAGAUGAAAUUACAUAUGAUUAUGGAGGUGCAGACUGCCCGUGGAGAUCACAGUCAACCAGUGUGAAAUCAAAACCUGUGGAUGAAGAAACCUCCCAUGCUUCCCUCCAGCCAGACAUGCUGAGAGGUGAUGGUAGAUGCACCACUCCUGAGCAGUCAACCAGUGUGAAAUCAAAACCUGUGGAUGAAGAAACCUCCCAUGCUUCCCUCCAGCCAGACAUGCUGAGAGGUGAUGGUAGAUGCACCACUCCUGAGCAGUCAACCAGUGUGAAAUCAAAACCUGUGGAUGAAGAAACCUCCCAUGCUUCCCUCCAGCCAGACAUGCUGAGAGGUGAUGGUAGAUGCACCACUCCUGAGCAGUCAACCAGUGUGAAAUCAAAACCUGUGGAUGAAGAAACCUCCCAUGCUUCCCUCCAGCCAGACAUGCUGAGAGGUGAUGGUAGAUGCACCACUCCUGAGCAGUCAACCAGUGUGAAAUCAAAACCUGUGGAUGAAGAAACCUCCCAUGCUUCCCUCCAGCCAGACAUGCUGAGAGGUGAUGGUAGAUGCACCACUCCUGAGCAGUCAACCAGUGUGAAAUCAAAACCUGUGGAUGAAGAAACCUCCCAUGCUUCCCUCCAGCCAGACAUGCUGAGAGGUGAUGGUAGAUGCACCACUCCUGAGCAGUCAACCAGUGUGAAAUCAAAACCUGUGGAUGAAGAAACCUCCCAUGCUUCCCUCCAGCCAGACAUGCUGAGAGGUGAUGGUAGAUGCACCACUCCUGAGCAGUCAACCAGUGUGAAAUCAAAACCUGUGGAUGAGGUAGCCUCCCAUGCUUCCCUCCAGCCAGACAUAGGUGAUGGUGGAUGCGCCACUCCUGAGCAGAUCGUUGCAGAGGAGUUUAAUGGGAGAGACAUUUCUAUACCAAGAUUGAGGAGGACUAAAAGUGUUGUGAUGAAAAACCUUGAUCUUGAAGACUCUGGUGAACUUUUUGAUUCCUUGUCAGGAAGUGGAGAGGAAUUCAUCCCAAAUACCUCUGAAAGUGAUAGCUGGAGUGAUUCUAGCCUCAAAAUAAAAGACAGGCAUCCUUUUAAGAUGAAUGACUUGAGUUCAAAAACUCUUGUCUGUGACAGCAUUUCUGACAACAUUAACCCCAGUAGAUUAGAAAACUCUGAAUCUGAUGAAGAACCCAGUUCAAGUCAACCCAUUGUUGUGAAGGCAUACUGUAAAAAAGCUGGAAAAAGAGUAUACAACAAGCGACAUUACUGCUUGUAUUGCAGCAGAUCAUUUGCAAAGAUGGCAAGGCAUCUGGAACGUGCCCAUCAAGAUAAAUGUGAUGUGGCUAAAGCUCUGAGCUUUCCGACAGGAUCAAAAGAAAGAAAACAUCACCUUGAUUAUAUUCGUAACAGAGGAAACUAUGCUCACAAUGCUGAAGUUAUGGAGUCAGGAACUGGAGAGCUAGUGCCAUUUAAGCGACCAUCAAGUGAAAAACAAGGCGAUGACUUCAUGCAUUGUGCAUAUUGUCAAGCACUUUUCACAAGAAAUGUGUUAUGGCGGCACAUGCGCAAUUGCAAACUCAAAAGUAAAUCUGCCACUCAAAAACCAGGAAAAAACCGUGUACAGUCCUUGUGUAAAUACACGUCACCUGUACCUUCCAACAUAAGUAAGCAAAUGUGGAAAGUAAUCAGUGCCAUGAAUCAUGACCCAGUUACAGAAAUCGUUAAACAUGACAAAGUCAUUAUUGAUAUUGGGCAACACUUUCUAAAUAAAGGUGGUACAUCAGACAGGAAUCAACAAUGUGUACGAGAGAAGAUGCGAGAAAUGGGAAGAUUGCUAUACAAUGCCCGGAAAGUUACAACCAUUACUAAAAUGGAAGAUCUCAUCGAUCCAACUCAUUACAUGGAGACUGUCAAAGCUGUUCAGUUUACCUGUGGUUAUGACAGUGAAACAAGCAAGUAUACAAUUCCAUCACUUGCAACCAAACUUGGGAAUACCCUGGUAAAAAUAAGCAAGCUCUUAAAAGCGCAGGGGUUGAUUUCAAACAACAACGAGCUUGUAAAAAAAGCCACUGACUUUCUUGAUGUUCAUCAGGAAAAGUGGAAUGAGUUGAUCUCUGCUACUGCGUUAAGGAACAUCAGGGAAGCUAAGUGGAAUGUGCCCACUCUCAUGCCAUUCACUGAGGAUGUCCAGAAGUUGCACAAGCAUUUGAAUGCUGUUCAAAAUAAGUGGUACAAUACACUCUCUGAAUGUCCAUCUACAAAAGCUUGGACAGAGCUGGCAAAGAUUUGUCUUGUUCAGAUCAUUCUUUUCAAUCGCCGGAGGGAAGGAGAGGUGGCUAGCAUGCCUUUGUCUGCAUUUUUAUCAAGAGACACCUCUGAUCCACAUGAAGAUAUCGACUGGGCACUCUCUGAAGUGGAGAAAAAACUCUGCAGAUACUUCUCAAGAAUUGUCACAAGGGGAAAGCGAGGACGACCAGUUCCAAUUCUCCUUACGCAAGAAAUGCUUAGUUCAUUGGAACUUCUUAUUAAGCAGAGAGAUACCAGUGGAGUUUUAAAAGACAACAUUUACAUGUUCGCAAGACCAGAGGCCAUGACACAUUUUCGAGGCUCCGAUUGCCUCCGUGUUUUUGCAACAGACUGUGGGGCAAAGUGUUCAAAGUCACUGACAUCAACCAGACUUAGAAAACAUGCUGCAACACUUUCAACGGUCCUGAACAUGACAGACACACAGAUGGAUCAACUGGCCAACUUUCUUGGACACGACAUCAGAAUUCAUCGUGAGUUUUACCGACUUCCUGAGAAGACUCUGCAACUUGCCAAAAUCAGCAAAGUUCUAAUGGCUCUGGAACAAGGAAGAUUAGCUGAGUUUCAUGGUAAAAACUUGGAUGAGGUUCAAAUAGAGCCUGAUGAAAAAAUUCUGGACACUGAUGAGGAAGAUGAGACUCAAGAGGAAGUGAACACCUCAGCUAAUUUUGAUGGCCAAUCAGCAAAGGAAGCAAUUCCUCCUCCAGAGAAGAAUGAGACUGUACCACUGCCGUCCAGGAAACGUAAACCACCCUCAUCAGAUGAGGAAGUUCCAUCCUCUUCAAAAGGCAUAGCUCCUGUGAAGAGAAGAAUUUCCUGGAACCCUACGGAAGUGCAGGCUGUGGAAAGAUCCAUGCAUCAUUUUAUCACUUCUUGCACCGUGCCAGCAAAGAAUGACUGUGAGAAAUGUUUGAAGGCUGAACCUGUUGCUCUUAAAAGUCGCAGCUGGCAAAACAUUAAGUUCUACAUUUAUAAUCGUAUAACGGCGAACAAAAGAAAAUUCCAGCAAAAAUAGCUUUUAAAAAGCCUCUUUACUUUAGCUGUUUAGCUAUGGGCAACUGAAACAUGCUUUGCUUGACCUGUUUUUAGGUUUUCGUCCUUUAGUGAUCUUCAUUAAGGCCCUGUUGACAGCUUUUCUGUUCUUCACCAAGUUUCACUGCUUUUCUUGGACAGACUUACUGGUGAAAAGGUCAGCAGCCCCCAUUGUUUAAUGUGUAUAUGAUACACAUUGCAAAAAAGGACACUUUAGUUAAUCUUUUUAUGCCAAGUUGUAUUUUUUCUUUCAUGAAACUCCAGAAAGAUUGAUAACAUAAUCGUUUGAAAGAAAGUGGCAUCAACUUUGUUUUAUUUAUUUAAAUGACAUUUUUUUCAGUUGGGGCCUGCUUUAGUUAUAUGACUUGUGGAUCCUGGUUUCUGGUCUUGGUGAUUCAUCAUUAAAAUGUUUUGACCAGUU